CUCAUUGUAGUGAUACAAACAAGGGCACUAGUGAGAUGUCACACAAGUGAGGGGGGAGCAGAGGAGCCGCCGGUGUUGCUAAAUGACUUCUCUGACUAAUCUCAGUGUAAUUGACAAAUCUAUAAACCCUUUCUCUCCAGCUCGCAAUUCAUAGCAGCAACGCCCCCUGCCCAUUCUGUGCUGCCUCUCAACUGCAUCUCAACUGCAUCUCAACUGCAUCUCAACUGCAUCUCUCUCUCUCUCUCGCACAAUCCUGCCUGGGACAGCGACUGAGCCGCGGACAUGGACACAGCCGUGUGGGUGCCCAACGCAGAACAGUAAGGAGAAAAUGGGCAGUGACCGCUGGAAGAAUAUCGGAGGGACCCCCCAAAUGGAGGACUCUGCGCAGGAGAAAACCCAGAGGAAAGGCUGUGGCUACAUACUUUGUACUGUGCUACUGUCUGUGGCGGUGCUAUUGGCUGUUACUGUCACCGGCGCAGUCCUGUUCAUGAACCACUACCAUGCCCCCUCCACGGAACCACCGCCAGUCAUCACCACCAACAUGGAAGAUCCCAACGCUCUAGUGACCAUCGAGAGGGCAGACAGUUCCCACAUCAACAUCUUCAUCGACCCCAACUGCCCGGAUCCGUUCCCUCGGCUGGAUGGGUUGCAGUCCGCUCUGCUUUCGGCACUGGCUGAUCACGACUCGGAGCAGAAGGUGGCCGGGGGGAAGGAGCGGGUGUUACUGACCAGUCUGUCGGACCAAGUGGCCCAGAUGGUGUCCCAGGUGGCCCGGCAGCGAGCAGACUGGGAAAUUGUCAAGAAAGUGCAAAAUGGGCUGGGGGCAGAGAUUGGAGCCCUGAAAAACGAGCAAGGGAGACUUAUAAAGCUCCUGUCAGAAGGUCAGAGCCACGUAGUCCAGCUGGGCAGCUCGGUGAGUGAAGUCCUGGAGACGGUACAGAGAGAGCUGGGCUCUGGGCGACCUCGUUUGAAGGCCGAUCUCCAGAGGGCUCCAUCCAGAAACUCUCGGCCUCGAGGUUGCGCCAACGGUUCCAAACCGCGGGAUUGCUACGACAUCUACAUGAGUGGGCAACAAGAGGACGGGGUCUAUUCCGUCUUUCCUAUCCACUACCCAUCUGGCUUCCAAGUCUUCUGCGACAUGACUACCGACGGAGGGGGCUGGACGGUGUUUCAGAGGAGAGAGGACGGCUCGGUGAAUUUUUUCCAGGGGUGGGAACAGUAUCGGGACGGAUUCGGCAAGUUGACUGGGGAACACUGGCUGGGCCUACAGAGGAUCCAUCUACUCACCAUGCAGACGCACUAUCAGCUCCGUAUCGACUUGGAGGACUUUGAAAACGCCACAGCCUAUGCUCUGUACAACACCUUUGGCGUGGGCUUGUUUUCCGUCAACCCCGAGGAAGACGGUUACCCCAUCACUGUAUCGGACUACACAGGCACAGCAGGAGAUUCCCUGGGGAAGCACAGCGGUAUGAAGUUCACCACUAAGGAUAUGGACAACGACCACUCGGAGAACAACUGUGCCAGCUUCUAUCAUGGGGCUUGGUGGUACCGCAACUGCCAUACGUCCAACCUAAAUGGGCAAUACCUGACCGGCCAUCACGCCUCCUACGCCGAUGGCAUCGAGUGGUCCAGCUGGACUGGUUGGCAGUACUCCCUCAAGUUCACCGAGAUGAAAAUCCGACCUCAGAGGGAAGAAAACUGAUUGCUUCCUUCUCUUUGGCACCGGAGAAAUUGCACAAUAACAUGACUGAGGAACUGGAGGCAACCAGGGUGUGACAUCUGUGGACACCUAUCUCCUUGGAAAUGUAAAGUUACUGCCUGUUUUUCUCUUCUCUUUUACUGCCAGGGCUUUGUUGCAGAAAGCGCCUUCACCCAGAUUAUAGGAGGCCAAUAUAUACGAGAAAACACUGGGUGGGACGGGGGAAAUUAAAGGUUGAAUGCUUCACCAAGGAUUAGAUGGACAAAUGACUGCAGAUGAGCCAUGUUGGCAUUUUUUUGGUAAAACCACAUUAACUGGAUAUGGACCCCCAACAGUGUCAGUGAGAUGUUGGAUAUCCUUGUGCACAAGAUUUUACCAUGGCGUAUUCCCCUGUGUCUCUUGUGAUGCCCUGCUGUAGAUGUUCAGCUUCAAACAAGAGAAGAUGGACCUUAGCAGGACCUGUGACGUUAUCCUCCUCUUCUGCUUUGAUUGGGCCUUUGGGUUUUGCAUAGGUGCUCCUUACGUGUGAUCUAUGUUUUGGGUUUCGUUGUCCAGACAAUAUAAUUUCCUCUUUUUCUGAUGGAAGCUUUCAUGAAGGACCUUCUGGUAGCUUCUUCUGGUUUUCAGAACUUUCAAUAAAGCACAUUGUUUCUCUGACGUUUUUCCUGGAGCUUGCAGAACGGCAAUGCAUUAUGGACCCGGUCAGCAAAAAGAGAGAGUUCUUGGAUAAGCGACACCAGACAUUGGGUCAACCAACUUCCCAGUAGACGGCUUGAGACAGCUCCAUGGAGCACACAUGCAACGCUGCUUUUAUUUCUUCUAUAGUCUCCGUUUUUACAGUCCAGUAUUCUGAGAGUUAUUGUCCAAUGGAAAUAUCCGUGAACUAUUUCCUCUGCUUAAGGGUGGAGGCUUUUGUCUGGUCUGCAGCAGCUUGUGUACAUGGAAGAGAACCGAGUGGAAACGAGCCUAUGACAUCAUACUUAUGUUUCUUUAAAAACCAAAAAAAAAAGUUCAGGCUUUAAGAAACUUUGGAAAUGAUCUUGCAUUGCCAUUUGUUAUGAUAUAUUUUUUUUGAUGUGUGGAGCUGCAAACUUCUGAUUUUUGUAAUUAAAGUGAUGAACACAAA